UGUAUAUUUGGAGUCAGCCGUAAUUAUUGCAAUUGUCGUUCGUUGUGCAAAGAGAUAUAGUAAUAUUAAGUAUUUAAAAAUGAAUUUAUGAAAAAUUCUGUUGGCGAAAAACGUAGGAAACUCCGCCAAGUGAGCAUGGCAUUGGUGACCGUGCAGCGUUCGCCUAGUGUUACUGGUUCGCCGCCACAAUGUGGCUCGGAAGGGGAGGCUGAAGACGACGAUGGCAACCGAUCAGAGAAAAGCGAAUGCUUUUUUGCAGGAAAAGCAACUGCAUUGGGUCUUACAUUCAAGGAUGUUCCAAUAAAAACGAACGAACGUCGACCAAGCACAGACUCGGCAAAAUCAACGAAUAGCACACAAAGUAAUAAUUCUGACAUACAACAACAUUUGCAAUCGAUGAUUGAUCUACUUUACCCCGAGGAAACCUUGAAGAUGGCUGUUAAAUUGGAGUCUCAACGACCGAAUCGCACAAGGUAUUUAGUGAUUGUAUCACGUUGUUGUUACCGCCCCACAACCACCGAUCGAAAAAAUAAAAUAAUGCGACACAAUUCGACUAAGGCAAGUAACGCUAUAGCAUCGGCAAAUACCAUAACUAUGCGUCAAUCAUCAUCUGAUAGUAUUCAGCGAACGCCACAACAACAACAGUCACAAACUGAGUCAAGCAGUGGUGGCGAAGAGUCUACGGAUGCUCAAGAGAAGCGUUUAUCCACCAUAUCGCUACCGACAAAAGCGUCUCAACAACAUACUACUAAAAGUGACACUGAGAAAAUCAGUGCCUCAGGCGAUAGCAAAGCGUUGGAGGACGGCGUUGAAGAAUCCUGUCUUCUGGGCAUUGACUGCAAUGAGCGCACCACUAUUGGACUGGUUUUGCCAAUACUUGCUGAUACGACAAUACAUCUUGAUGGCGAUGGUGGUUUUAGCGUUUCAGUAUACGGUAAAACACAUAUUUUUAAGCCAGUCUCUGUGCAAGCCAUGUGGUCUGCAUUACAAACACUACAUAAAGUAUCGCAAAAGGCUCGUGAGAAUAAUUUUUAUCCGCGCGGUCCUUCGCACGAAUGGGCCUCUUAUUACGAUAGUCAUAUCGCAUCGGAACAGUCUUGCCUCAAUGAGUGGAAUGCAAUGGAUUCAAUAGAAAGUCGACGUCCUCCAUCACCAGAUGCCAUAAGAAACAAACCUACCGCAAAGGAGGAAACGGAGAGCGUUAUCAAAAUGAAAUUGAAGGAAAUAAUGAUGUCAGUAGAUUUAGAUGAAGUGACUUCCAAAUACAUACGUGGGCGGCUUGAAGAACUUCUGGAUAUGGACCUAGGCGAGUUCAAGUCGUUUAUCGACGCUGAAAUGUUGACAAUACUAGGCCAAAUGGAUGCGCCAACCGAAAUAUUCGAUCACGUGUAUCUUGGUUCGGAAUGGAAUGCUAGUAAUUUGGAGGAACUGCAGAAGAAUGGAAUACGCCAUAUUCUUAAUGUUACACGUGAGAUCGACAAUUUCUUCCCGGGUGUCUUUGAUUACUUUAAUGUGCGAGUUUAUGAUGAUGAAAAAACGAAUCUAUUGAAGCAUUGGGACAACACGUUUCGUUACAUAACGCGUGCCAAAUCGGAGGGUUCCAAAGUACUCGUUCACUGUAAAAUGGGUGUCAGCCGAUCGGCGUCGGUGGUAAUUGCCUAUGCUAUGAAAGCAUAUAAUUGGGAGUUCAAGUAUGCGCUUCAACACGUUAAAGAACGCCGAAGUUGCAUUAAGCCCAAUAAGAAUUUCCUCAAUCAAUUGGAGACUUACCGCGGCAUGUUGGACGCAAUGAAAAAUAAGGAAAAACUGCAGCGCAGUAAAAGUGAAACGAACUUGAAGAGCACAAAGGACGCGCGUCUGCUGCCGGGCAGUGAGCCAACACCACUCAUUCAGGCUCUCAACCAGUCUAAAUCAAAAUCGACCGGAGGCCAUGAAGACGUGCGAUGUGGUGAUAACGUGGUGGCAUGUACCGAUGGUAGCAUUAUAAGUGGUAAAGGUGUCGGACGUUCUAAGGCGCCAACUGGCAAUAACAGUGGCGGAGCUAACGAAGCCAAGCAACGGCGCUUGGUACGUCGGUCCAGUAGCACAUCACCGCAGGCGGUGCCACACGUGCCACAUAUGACAGUCGUAGUGAAACAACAGAGCCAAUCUCUAGAAAACCUUACUCCCGAAAGAAGCGUAGCAGAGGAGCCGAAAAAUAUGCGCUUCCCCGGAAGCAAUGGUGAGAACUAUAGUGUUACACAAAAUCAGGUGCGACACAUACAAAAGAACGUUCAGCCGCCACCCCCACCGCCGCCGCCACCACCAGCAUCCACUGCACAACAAAAGCCACAGCAAAAAAAGCAAAAGCAACAGAUUGCAUCCGUACGUACACGUGUACAGGAUCUAGAAACACACACAAAUACGCGCAAGACGGCAGACGAUCGCAGAUCGCUUAACUUGCAAUUUGGUCGCUCAGUGUCACACGACACGGGCACAACGGCUACGCGUGUGGAAAUGUUGCCUUGCUACGGCGGUGACGGUACGUUACAAAGUGAGCACAGUCCCGUGUGGACAUCAUCGGCCAAACUAAUUACUCAGACUUCCAACUUGAAAACUGUAGUGCCAGUCGAUGGUGGUGGAGGUGAAGGUGUAUCCAAUCACAAUGUCGCCAAUGAUAUUAGCAGUGAGCCAAUGGACACGCCGGCGUCUGAACGUAAAGAGGAGCAGCCAUUCGCUACGGGCGCAAGGCGUCACAGUCGCAAAACUCAUUCAUGGACUGCUGCUAGCAGUAGUGCAAGCGACUUGGGUGGUACCAGCAGGAGCGGUGGUAUAGUUUUAGAUCGUCUCAGUGUGCUGGGUACAGGUACGUGUGCUAGCAGCAGCGGCAACAGCAAAUUGGGCUCCAACAGCAGUAUUGAUUCGAUCUCAUCGAGUGCCGCGUCUUCGACCACAACCGCAUUUGAGGAACGGGUGGUAGCACGGACGCACCGACACCGAGAUUUGCCCUCACGACACGCGUCAUGGGGUUCAGGAGACACGCGGUCUGCUGCACCUGUACGAAACAGUUCCUGGGCAGCGUACGACAGCAAUCGCAACUCCUGCCAAUAUGGCGGCGAAGCCAUACUCGAGGGUCAAAUACAUGAACUUAACAUCAAUAAGAGCAACAAGACUGUCACUCCCAUUUAUCAGAGCGCCUCCGGCUUACCCCAGUAUCAACAUCAACACCAUGUGGGUACGGUGAAGCGCACGAAGCAGAAAUUGGAACAAUGUGGUAGCGCUAUGAGCAGCCAUACUUUGAAGAAACUGUGUUCAGAAAAUGGCGAACGUUUGACUGAUGAAACCACAGUCGCCAGCAGCGGAAAACGCAGCUCUAAAGGUACAACAAAUCUGUUUCGAAGUGCUUCAGCAGCUAGUACGACGCGCAUCCGGUGUUCCCCCUACCGCUGCAACAGUGUAGAAAUUGUGCCCGGUGCUGCCACCAGUGCAGUCGGCGGCAGUAACGCCGACAUAUUGACGUGUCACAUGACUAUACGUCACAGCGAUGGCAGCCGUCCGUUGCACAAUGAAUUUUUUUCCGCUUCCUCAGCUCCAGAGUCAUAUACAAUUUCAGAUAUUGAGAACAAAAAUAUGCUACCAGAAGCUGAGGCACCAACAACUAUGGUUGGUGGCGUAGACGUGGAAGAUGAGGAGUCAGUGGUGCUGCGCGGCAAUGUGGGCAGCGAUAGCAUUGCCGACCAACGCAUCUCCGGCAGUGUGCAAAUACUCAAAAAGAAUUUUGAGGCCAAAGCAGGGAGCAGUGGAAGUGCAACUGCAAGCAGUAGUGGUAAUGUUUUACAAAUUCAAACUGCGACUAUGCCUACGAAGAAAGGUCAUUAUUCACUGCCUUCUUCGCCAGUAGCACAACAUGUAGAUCCACAUCAUCUUCAUCAACAGAAUCUACACGGCGUUACUUUGGCUACACCCAUUUUAGCAAUAAGCUCUGCAACACAAAGUUUGACUGCAACGAAUCUGUGCGAAGAUGAAAUACCUGCUGAUAUGGUUCACACAAUUUCACACUCAGCCUCCACUGUCGCAACCAUUACCAAUGCACCGCAGAUUAUAUCCACAUCUGCUUCGACUUCAUCAACGACAGCUUCAUCUACAUCGUCUACGUCGUCGUCGUCCACCUCUUCUUCAUCGAGUAUGUGUGAGCCGUAUGUUGACCGCAACGUCAAGGUUCUGGUGCAUAAAUACCAAACGCCUACUUCGGUCACGUUCGCAACCAAGAGUGAUAGUCCCAUUGGCACUGUCCCGAUAUCUUCAUAUACGUCGUCGUCAUCCGCUUCAACAUCCUCUUCAUCUUCAGUACCAACAACGGUUGUGCCUGUUGCUAUAACUACGAGCCGCAGUAAGCCCCGGCGCCAUUCUUAUUAUGAAAGUGGUGGUCAUGCGUCGCACAAAACGACACUAAUGGGUGUUGGCAGAAACUCCGCCGCUAGCGGGCGUUUAUCGCAUGAAUAUAACGAGAGCAGGCCACCACCUGCUCCAGCUAAAUCCACACUGACAUCACAUGGAAACACCACUCAGUCGUCAGUGGCAGACAAUGCACAACAACCGCACCACCAACAACGUCGCUUGCAGCAGCACGGCCGUACUCAUCCACUAAGUAGGCUAACGCUACCAAAACAAAGCUUCAAUGCAGCCGCUUAUAAUACCAUGUAGAUUAUAAAAUAUCAGCGAUGCCGCACCGUCCCCUUUGCCCAAUUCUGUGUUAGGUGUACUCAUACAUAUGAAUAAUGUUGUAAACGCACUUUUUCGCAAUGGCACCCGAAAAGCGGAAACCCAUACACACGCACAAGCUUUCUGGUGCAUUCUUAAAAAUAGAAAUAGAAACAGCAAUGAAAGAUUCAUGCGUAACAACUUACCGUGAUUGACUAAGCUUAAAGCAAACUCCUACCAAUUUCUAUAACCAGUACACUCGUGCAAAAUACUUCUCGCUUUAAUCCUCGCGCUUUCGAUUCAUGCAUUUUAAUUAUAUGUACUUCUAUCAAAAAAAGUAUUUUUCUAUAAGCGUUUAGUUGCUUGCCUGCAUUUUUCUACAAUUAUUCCUUUUUUAUUUAAUUUAUUAUUGUUCACUGCCAGCGCGAAAAUAAAAACUUGUUCGCUUUAAAAUCGCGUAGAACUAAGGCACUAUGAAUGUACAAGUAAACUCCUGCGAGAAUAUGCGGUUUAAGUUCAAAAAUUCUACAUUUUCUACUUAGGUACAUAUAUUUAGUUCGCGUCUGAUUAGCUUUCAUGUAUGUACAUAUGUAAAUGUAACCAGUCGAUAUAGUUGAACAGGAUACUUCGCCUGCGCGUGUGUGUGUGUGUGGGAGGGGGGAAGGGUUUCUCGCGACUCCAUAUUACGCACGUCCUCAACUCCCCUCUAAGCAAGCUAAAUUUUUUGUUUAAAGUUCUUGCUACGGCAUGGCCAUACGAUUUGUGACCUUUUAAUAAUAAUCGCUUACGACGCAAUGAAUGUUGCUUUUCAUUUAUGUUCAUUAUUGGCCUUAUUUACGAUUAAUUGCUCGCAUAUUUUUUAUUCAUAUGCCAGCACCCAUAUAUUUGCAAAACUUUUCACGAGCAUCACCUUUUCCGUACCUUUCACUAUCCUACCCAUAUGCCUAUUUCCUCUUUAUUAUUACUACGCGCUGAUUUUAAUUAAAUCUUAAUUAUUUAUAAACUUAAUGAUCGCAUUAGAAGAUGUAAGAAGCAGUUUAUAUGUAUGUAUUGCCGUACGGUAUUUGUAUUUUAAUUAUAAGCAUUUGCAACAAAAUCGACACGACCUAACAAUAAACACCUAUAUUAUCUCAUAUCCCACACUUACACAGGAACACAAGCAGUCACCCACAAAACCGCAAUAAUCUUUUGAGAAUGAAAAACAAAAAACAUUGCAAAAAAUAUAAAAAUUUUAAACAAAACAGCAUACAAUAUAAAGCAUAAAAUAUAUUAAAAAAUCAUCAAGAAAAAAUCACAAAUCAUAACAUUAACUAUUUAGCCAGCAACAAGGAAGCAAAUAUUUUGUAAAUAUUGUAAGAUUUUUUCUAUUUUUAUGUUUGUAUGAACAAAUGGUUUUUAAAAUACCUAUUAAAGCUCAUAUUGAAUACGAAAUAUA